CUUGACAAUGAGAGGGCAGAGGUCCGGGAGAAAGAGGCAGACAUCGCAUUUUGGACAGAGAAAACCUUGAAUCGUGAUCUGGUGGGGCACAGAGAGGCGAACAAGCUCUUCUGUCUCGAUCGAUUGUUUCUUGAUCCAAUCAGCUCGGCACAAGCUGUGGAGCGUGUGCUGUACUGUCGAGAUUGCUUCAAUGAGCAGUGGCGUUUCCUUGACGACAGGGUGUGCAAGGCCGGGUGUUUGGGUUGGAUUCUAGGGCCUCCGGGGACGGGGAAGACUGCGACGACGAUGUCCUUCAUACAAUCGCGAGGCAUGGAGGAGGGAUGGAGGGUGAUUUGCGUUCGGCUGUGGAAGUGGGGAAUUGUCAAAAUUUUACAGGUUGAUGAUGGCGUAUUGAGCAAGUGUGAGAUGCCUGCCGACAAUGCGGUGGCUUGGAUAAAGAAAUUUCUCAGAGAAUGGGCACCAAGCAGGAAGAAGUCUUUGGUAUCUAUAGAUGGUUACCUACAGGGGGUGCAAGUACAUGACUUUGUGCUGAGUGCUUGCCUGCAUUGGGUUCAUCUUGAACGGGAGAACAGGCGGCUUGUGAUUACGACAUCGAUGAGCUCUCGAGCAAAGAAGAAUUCCGAGCAAGAUGCGAAUGAGAAUGUCGAAGAAAUGAUGGUGUAUUCGUGGGCAAUGGAAGAGUAUCUGGAAGCCUGUAGGUACGACGCGUUCUAUAAGAGUGUGGCUGAUGUGAUGGAAUGGAGCUUGGAUGAAGAAGAGGGAAGCAUGGAUGAGACGGAACAAGAGAGAAG